AGCAUUGGCUCGCUCAAGAAGGAAGUCCUUUAGCUAAGCCCAGCCCUGCAGCUUUUGCCCCCACGUGGCAGAAGAAACCAUGAUGAGAAGUAAGUCCGUUGCUUUGCCGCUGGCCUUGUUGGUCUUGGCUCUCAUCCUGAUUUGGCCGUCCACCUUCUCAGCUGCUCCAGUGGCUGAGAGCCCCGAACUCUUGAAAGUGUUGCGUCCCCUUUGCGCGGCUGGGUUGGCCUCAGCCGCGGUGCUGGGCGCGGGCGUCAGAUGGUGGCAGGGCGGGGCCAAUGUUAAGCUCGAAAGCGACCCCAGCGAUCUCAGCCUCAAGAAGCUCAGCACCAUGUUCUGCAAUCUCUUCGCCGUGUGGCUAGCCGUGGUAGCGUUUGCUGCGCUGAACCAGCCAGCUACGUUCACAUGGGUCAAGUCCAAGUAUUUUACCACUUUGUUGGGACUUCUCAUGUUCUCAGUUGGCAUCACCACCACCAUCAGCGACUUCAAGGAGUGCCUGAAACGCCCCGGUGCUGUAGCCAUUAACUUCAUCUCUUGCUAUGCCAUCACUCCACUCCUGGCCUAUUUGUUGGCCAAAGCCAUUGGUGCCGAUGGCCCCAUCCUCGCAGGACUCGUGCUGGUUGGAUCCAUCAACGGCGGCCAAGCUUCGAAUUUGUGCACCUUGAUUGCUGGUGGAGACGUGGCUUUGAGCGUUUUGAUGACAACGUCGACGACGUUGGGAUGCAUUUUUAUGACUCCCUUGAUUUGUCACUUGGUGCUGGGCGCUGUGGUCCCAGUCGAUGCUGGAGGCAUCGUAUUGUCGACCUUCCAAGUAGUCCUGCUACCCAUUUUUCUGGGUGUGGGCUUAAACACCCUGGUGCCCAAGAUGUGCAAGGCAGUGGCGCCAUUUACUCCUGUGGUGGGCGUCAUCUCCACGGUCCUCUUGGUCGGUGCCUCCGUGGCGAAGUGCGCCGAGCCGAUCCACUCAGCCGGACUUCCGCUGCAGCUGGCCUGUGCUGCUUUGCAUCUCGUGGGCGGCGUGCUGGGCUACUUUGCCACCCAGAUGAGUGGCUUUGACGAGAAGACCUGCCGCACCGUGGCCAUUGAAACCGCGAUGAAAUCCAGUGCUUUCGGCUUCCUUUUGGCUUCGCUUCACUUUGGUGCCUUCAAUGUCAGGGUUCCCUCUGCGGUGAGCGUGGUUUGGAUGGCCAUCGUCGGAAGCGUGCUGGCGGUCUAUUGGAAGGGCCGGCCCAUCACUUCGAGCAAGACACGUUGAGGACGGGCAGC